AUGGCAGCUGAGGAUUCAGAUUCAGAUUAUGUGUUAUUAAUGGCUACCACAAACGAAGAACAUUCUUCGUCCCAAUUCUGGUUUCUCGAUACCGGUUGUUCUAAUCAUAUGAUUAGACAUAAGGAGUGGUUUGUGAGUCUUGAUGAAAGAAUAAAAAGGGAAAUCAAAUUUGCAGAUAAUAGCAAAGUAACUGCAGAAGGAGUAGGAAAUGUGAUGAUUCGAAGGAGAGAAGGAAAUCAAUCUUUCAUAUGUGAUGUGCUGUAUGUGCCAAGAUUAAUGAAGAACAAUCUGGUAAGUCUUGGACAGCUGCUUGAAAAGGGAUAUUCAAUAAGAUGGAACAUGGACAAAUAA